GAUGAGGAUCUAGGCGGCCGCUUCUCCUCGCCACUCUUUCGCAUCCCACUCUCGGGCUGCGCGCGGGAUUGCAAUAAAAGUGAGACCACGUUUCAAACUAAAUCUCCUCUUUUUUUCCUCCCCCCCGCCUCCUCCCACCUCCUCCCACCUCCUCGUCGUUCAUCUGCGCCUUUUUUUUUUUUUGCGCCUCUGCAUCACCGCCGCACUUCCAGGAUCGCGGACCUGGAGAGUUGUUUUUGUUGAUUCUCGUUGUUUUUUUUAUUCUUGUUGGGGUCUUUUUUUUACAUUCCUGCGCGCGCGUUGAGGAUCACCAGCAACAAUAACUAAAAAAAAAAAGAGAGAAAGAAAGACGAGCAAAGAAAAAAAGAAGCGUCCGGUUCGCGAGCUCCAGGAUGGACGUGUUGGCGAAUUACAGUAUCUUUCAGGAACUUCAGCUCGUGCACGACACCGGCUACUUCUCGGCGCUCCCGUCGCUGGAGGAGAACUGGCAGCAGACGUGUCUGGAGCUGGAGCGGUACCUUCAGACAGAGCCCAAGAGGUUCUCUGACCUCUUCGAUGAGGAACUGGACUGCCUCCUGACGCCAGCAUUCAUGAAAAGGGACAGUGAUGAGGACCUGAUGGACCCACUGCUGCCCGGCCUAGCUGACGAGCCUAGUCCGCCACCGCCUCUGCUUGUUUCCCUACCCAAGAGCCUCCACGCCCCAGCCAGUGGAAAGCCCACAGAUGCAGGGGCAAAAGAAGGGGGUGUGAACCCAGCACAGCUGAGUGCCGUCACCUCCCUCACACCGCCCUCCUCCCCCGAGCUGGGUCGGCACCUGGUCAAGCCCACGCAGACUCUGAGCGCCACAGCCGAUGGCACGCUCACACUCAAGCUGGUGGCCAAGAAAGUGGGUUUGGGUGCGGCUAAGUUGGUGGCGACACACUCACUACCCUCACCGCCUAGCCGGGGUGCACAGAGUGAUGGAGAGGGAGGCGUGGGUUCAGUGGGGGUCAGCGACAUUCCAGAGAACAAGAAGAGGGUCCAUCGUUGCCAGUUCAAUGGCUGCAGGAAGGUUUACACAAAGAGCUCCCACUUGAAGGCACACCAGAGGACGCACACAGGUGAGAAGCCGUAUAAAUGCUCCUGGGAAGGCUGUGAGUGGCGUUUCGCCCGCAGCGAUGAGCUGACUAGGCACUACCGCAAACACACCGGCGCCAAACCCUUCAAGUGCAACCACUGCGACAGGUGUUUCUCCAGGUCUGACCAUUUGGCUCUGCACAUGAAGAGGCACAUCUGAGGGAGGAAGAGGAGAGUGAGAGCGAGAGCGAGGGAGGGUGGGGGAGAAAGAGAGAGAGAGAAGGGGAGAGCGAGAGAAGAGGCUCACCCAGAGAAGAAGACCCCUGCGGAGAACUCGAAAAACAAAAGCUCGAGCUUUCUGAGAGGAGAUAGAGGGGAGCUUUUGAGCGAGAAUCACGAGGCGAGGAGGUUCUGAGGGCAGAGCUUACGGGAUUCUUCAGCAAGUCCGCAAAAUCCAUUGCCAUUUUCGCAUUUUUUGAUCCGUUUAAUUAGCCCGAGCGCUUGGCUCGGGAGUCAGACACUGCCAAACUGUUGCUGUUGUCUUUUUCCUCACUAUUACUCUUCUUUGUACAGUAAAAUCACAACAUGAGACAGGAGAACCUGUGAACACUGCAUUAUGUACAGAUCCCUCCAGUGCACAUCACGUUCCACACACACAAAAAAAAAGGAAAAUGACGCUUCUGCUGUAGAAAUGUAAAUGUCCUCUCAAGAAUCGUACCCUCUGACACUGGAACGGAAAGUUUGCUUCCUUCUUCUUCUUCUUCCGAGGAUUUGUCAUCGUGACGUCUUCAUGCCGUGUACAGCAAGCUCGCCAACUUGGAAGACGACGUUGCCAAAAGACAGGCUUCCGGAUGGUGGCCAGAGCCUUGUGGUCCAAAGGCGAGGUCCAGGCUGACCUCCCCCUGCUCUCCGCUUCAGAGCGUGUCUCCCUCUCUCGUUCUUUAGGCAACUAAAAUGCGCAGCGACACUUUCUUGCCUUUUUUUUUGUUUUGUUUUCUUUCUUUUUUUUAGUAAAAGACAGUGUUACGACAAACAGAAAGAUUGUUUCUGAACUGAAAAUGUCUUAAAACUUGGAAAACAACAAGACAAACUUUGCAUACACGAGCGUGAAUGUGCACAUACGAGCACCGGGAAUUGCUUCGGACAAAGCAGCCUUCCCUGCAUGCGCGAAGUGUUCAAUCCAGCGGCACCUAUCUAGCACUGACAGGAAGGACGUUUGAAGAAACGGACAAAGGAUCUGGGCUCUACUGGCUUGCGAUGAAAAAGGAAGGAUGCCCCUCUGGUCUUCUGUUCUGUUUUUUUUCCCUCCAUUCCGAAAGCAAGCGCUUUUCAACACUGGAAAAACCGCUAGCUGGCUCUCUGCUGAUACCGGCGCCCAUAUUGGAGCUUCUGCGGAGGACUAAAAGGCCUGUUUCCAGCUGCUCCUGCAGAAACUGGAGGCAGGCAGGACAUUCUGCCUCUUGGAAUUUCUCAGACUGGAGACGCCUGUUGGCAUCGGAAUUCCCGAAAAGAAAAAAAAGGGGAAAAAAGGAACACAGUGGCAUCAGGCCAGACGAACUGUUGCCUGUUUCGUAUCCAUUGUCUGCACUGACUUUUUUCAAUGUUCUCUGUGCUUUUUUUCCAUACAGAUGAAAAAAAAUAAACAAAAUAAAACAAAAAAAGGUCAAAAAUACCACGAAACAAACAAAAAAAAUCAGAAAACAGUAAAAAAAAAUGAUAAUAAAACAAAUCUCUCACAUAGACGCGCACGUAACAAGAAAACACAAUGGUUUCUUAGCUCAUGGCUCUUUUUUCAGAGCCAAAAAAAAAAUCACAGGAGAAAUAAUUAUGGAGUUAAUGAACAGAGUUAGAAACAGAACACUGCAUGGCAGCCUCUCUCGAACAUACACACACUUAACAUGCACGCAGAUUGCUUCCCGGCAUUAUUUGUUCUACUACGAUAUCUUCGCAGUAGGGUUUUUAUUUUGUGUUUUUCAGCGGAGGAGGAUUUCUUUGCGCCUGAAGUCAAGCUUUGAAGUUGGAAACGCGAGAGCUCAUUCAUAUGUUCUUGCAGUCACGCUAAACUAGGCCUAGGCUUAGCUCUAGCUAAACAAACAGCUUCGGAAUCUGGGGAUGAGUCCGCGUGGUUGUUCCCAAGAUUGUUAAGCCUGCCAAGGACCUAGGACCUUCUUCUCUAUUAGGUUCGGGGGGCAGGCUUUGGGGGCUCUGUUACAUUGAAAGGGAGAUUCAAAGCCAUCAAAAACUAAACGGACCCAAUAUGGACUUCAGGGGAACCUCGCAAACCCGAUCGAUACCAAAAAAGCCGAAGCUGCCCAGGCACCGCUCUCCAAUACAAAACCUGCUGAAGGCAGCUCCUCCUCCACCAAUACACCAACACAUAUACACACACACACACACACACACACAUGCGCGGGCACACAAGAAAACACUUUUCGACUACAAGGACGUAUCAAAUCUGCUCUAGGCAAACCUGGAUUUUUAGGUUUUUGCGAAUCGCUUUUGGAUUUAUAUGCUCAAGAUCUUUUUGGAUUUCUUUCGCUUUUGCUUUCCGUGCCAUGGGUUUAGCUUUUUGGUUCUCCACUGAGAUGCAAAGGAUGCCAAACUCAAAGUGGAGGGAUGACGUUAUUUGACCCCUUCCACACUUUAUGUACAAUCAGAUUUUGGGGUUAUCGUGUGGCACUUUUUCCACUAGAGGCGACACGCGUUCGUGACGAUUGUGAGUCUUGUCAAUGCAGGGCACAUUCCAAGAGGAAUACUGGUAUAGUGUCAUAUUAGCAUUGUGAAUAACACUACACCGCCCAUUUGACGGGGGCCAGUUUUUCAGAAUUUCUUCACUGAGAUGUAAACAAAGUCAUUCAGAGUAGGUUCGAUGCGACAUGGUUCGUUGUCUUCACAAUGAUGAUGAUGGGAACCAGGGGUCGCAAAAAUAUAGCCCUCUUAUUUACUGUCCAAAACAACCAAUGAAACUACACAUUUUGGGUUUUUUGUACAGAUUGAAUGUUGAAUGAUGGUAAAAAAGUGAUAAAUCUGAAAAAGAACACCUUUCUGGGUGCCUUAUAGUGCCACCUAACCAAAACCCUACCAAACUAUCGUAAAACAAUGUCUCAAGAAUCGGGCCUCGUAUUAUCCAUUUCAGGUAAUACCUUCCUGCAAGGAUACUUUUAGAGACAGUAAAUGCUUCCAAAAGCUGGUUACCAUCAAUGGUGACCACAGAGACUUUCUUUAGAAAGUUUCACAUCAAACGAUUCUGAAUGACUUAGUUCACACCUUGACAAUUGAAAAGUGCAGAGAGUUUGGAAAACCGUCUCCUCUUUAAGUAGUUGUGGGACACUGCAGAGAGCACUGGUCGGUUGCAUUAGGCAAAACAAACUCAAAAUACAUUAAUUCUUGAGGAUCUUCACCCUAAGGUCAUGAAAGAUACAACCAACCUUGACCAGAUGACCAAGAUAUGUCGAAUCUGGUCUCCCACAACUCUUAAUAUACACAUCACUUAUGCUGGCCACCAUUUGAGAGAAAGCAGCAACCAGAAAACGGUGUCAUAUAGUUCCUUUUUAUCGAAGGUACACGAAAGGAGCCUUCUACAGCUUCUAGCGCCCGAUGAUACAUCUGUACAUUGCCAUUGUAAAUGCAUAAAUGCAAAACUACUAAAAGCGAAGAGCUUAUUUUUUUGCCGAGAAAAACUAUAACGUUCCAGAACGUACCAAAUGAAUAUGACAUAGGCCAAUCCAAUAGAAUAGCAAUCAGCAUGCUACAGACGUAGCCUGCACUUGCUGAGUUUUGAACGCCCACCCCCAUCCCCUCCCCUUCUUCCUCCUCCCCCCCUACACCUCCUCUCUCCUACACUACAGUAACGACAUCAGUGAUCAAUGCACAAUCAACUGCCGGAACAUCAAAUGCACGCUCACCCUUUGCCCAAAGAUUUGCAAGUAAACUGCUGGGUGAAAAUGAGCGAGAGAAAGAGGACGUUUUUAUUCGUUUUUUUUUAGUUUGGUUGAACACUUAACGAGAUGCUAUCCCCUCCCCAAAGUCAAGCCCAUUGAAUUUCUUUUCCUGAGCAUCAGCGUGUGACCACUGCCAUGGUCUUUUGGGUAUGUGUGCUUGUAAUAUAGUCAUGCCGGUUUGUUUGUCAAGCCAAGGGUGAUUUAUUUGAUUCUUUUUUGCAGAGUAGCAGUGCAGCAGCAGCAGCGAAGUAGUCGCACUGGUUUUAGUACACUGCAUAUAUUACCGUGGAGUCUAAUCUUUCUGAGGGAUGUUUAAGGUGAAAAAAAAAAAAGAGUCUUCGGAAGGUCAGAAUUGCCUGUCGAGUCGGGAUGCCUUCGACAAAUCACUGGUGAUGCCCAACAUUUUCCCAGUAAUCAAAGCAAAUUUGUUAUUAUUUGGACUGGAUUUGGGCCACACUUGGCAGACCAACAGCAGCCUGUAAGAGUGAAAUGGGAUUUUUAUGUAUUUAUCCUAAGAAGACAGGGAAUAGUUAGCAUCCUGUAAGCCACCUUCCAGUGAAUCAAUCCCCCAGCUGUUUCAUUUUGGCUGAAGUGGAGCUUUCAGGCAGAUAAGAACGAUGGAACAGGCAAAAGGUCUCUGUUGACUCUAACCCCUCAUACUCACAGAUCGUAGGUGUUCCAUUGCUUAGUUUGAACAGAACUUUAAACAGAACCAUUUCAAUACAUACCAUACGCACUUUGUGUGUACUGCUACAGUAGCUUAGUCUGUUAAUCUGCACCACUGUCGAUUGUCCACUUUGUCAUGACUUUUUUCAAGAUGUACCUCUCGCAGGAGCACAUGAGCUUGUCUAUUGGCUGUUUGGAGUAGAAUAGCAAAGUCAGUGAACGGACUAUUUUAGGAUCACAGAGUUUAUAGGAUUAUAACCCUAAUUUGUGCCUGAUUGAAUAAUCUGGCCUUAUUAAGAGGGGCAGUAGUCAGGACAGUGUGUGUCUACCUACUAUGCAGUAAGGUCAUCAGUGUUAAAUCAACUCCUGGAAACUAUACUGUCGCUGUCGUAACAAAAUCAAGAUGCUUUUGAAUGGUUCUACGGUUGGUAUAAUAUAGUUGGUAACACCUCUGCUUUCUAUGGUGUAGACUGGGGUUCAAUCCCUGCCUGGGAAGGCACCCUAAACUAUACCAAUAAAUAUACCAACCUUGGGCAAGACUCCUAACACCACCUUCGUCUACCUCUGUAAAUUGAUCAAAUUUUAUUGGAAAUUUGACAUGACAGCAUUGGUACCUGAGCCCAAAAGGCCCAUUUCACAUUUCUGAGUUGCCACUUUCUUUAGUUACAGGUCAUUUUAGAUUGUAAGGCAUCAAAUCAACUUCUAAGGUAUUUUUAAGGCAGUUGCUAAACUUGGACUACAGUACUGUGAAAGUCUAAGACCACCCUUCAUUUUUUCAAUUUCCAGUCAAAAUAGCCAUUAAACAGAAUUUUUAAAGGAACAAAUCAGAAAAUGACACAAAAGCCCCAAAAAUAACAUUUUCUCUACCACCCUUUAUGUUUAUUACAGGUACAAUUUUUGUGCUGUCCUCUAAAGUUCUCAGUUAUAGUUUUCUUUUGGGACAGCGAUGAUGUUUCCUGUUGUAGUGGCGGGUCGGAAAAGUGAAAAGGGCCGAGGAUUGAACCAUGUAGGAAUAUACGGGUCCAUACUUGAACCCUGGCGGAGUUCAUUUGACACUGUUUACUUUCCUGCAUAUCAUAAAAUAACCUCAAAAUGAGUGACUCAGUUAUUAGACUCAUGUCCUGUGAUCACAGAGUGCAUCUUGGAGUCAGUCUCUGUCUGCUGUGCUUGUCCGAACUCGAUGUGUCAGUAUAUACAGGAUUCACCACACCUUUCCUUUCCUAUGUCUCUCACCCUCCAUUCCUCUCUCUCCUCUCUUGUCUGUCCCACCCUGCAUAAGCAGGACCGCUGCCAGCUGCUCCCAGAUCAGCUCCUAGAAAGCCUUUGGAAAAAAUAAACCCUUCGAUUGCCAUGCCGCCGCUUUCAUGCCCCGCGUACCGUGUUUCCGGCUGUCCAGAGACAGUGACCUUUUACUUGUGAACAUCCCCGGCAGUCCACUAAGCAGGGAGCAACUCAGACCAACGACAGACCUCAGCCGACACGCUUCGUCCUCUAACGGGUGCUUUUCUCUUUGGCCGCUCUCCCCCGCCGCCGCCACCACCCUCCGGGGGGCCGGCCGGCGACGGCUUAGCGCAGGUUGCGUCGGGAAAAAAGGGAGCUCAGUAUAUGCCAUCUUUCAUGCGCGUCCACAACAAAAUCUUACACAAUUUGUACAGCAUGUAGUUUCUAGCUAGAGCAGGGCCCCCACCAUCCACACCUUCAUCCUCAGCAUCAUCACCCUCACCCUCACCCUCAUCCUACCUACACCACAACCGCCCUUCACCUCCCGCUACCUUCACGCUCACUUCCUCGACGUUUGUUUUCUUUCGUUUCUUUUUUAUUCAAUUCGGUUCCUUCGUUUUUUCCGUUCUUCUCCUUUUUGAUUUGCUGUAUAAAGUGUUUAAAAUAUUAUUAUUUGUAUGAUAUAAUGUUAGUAUGGUAAUGUUCUUUAUUAAGGAAGAAGAUAAAAUUUAUUUUUGUUACUGGUCUGUUUCAUAAUUCUUUUUUAAAUUGGUAUUGUAAGAUAUCUAUGCAAGAACUGUUCAGUGGAGCAUUUUUAUUUAAGAAUGUAAUAUGUGUAAUAAAUGGUAGAAUCUGAA